AUGUUAGGCACCGCGCUUCCGGAGCGCACAUUGGGCGACCAACGUGCUACUGUAAUAGGAUUCUCCUUCUCCACAUCGAAUUUUCCCAUCUUUGCCGUAGCAGGUCUUGUAUUGUAUGUCUUAUACAACUGGGCUCUACCCAAGCCGAUCGCCGGAAUCCCCUACAAUGUCGAAGCGACGAAGCGCUUGUUGGGAGACAUCCCGUCCGUCCUCGAAGGAAUCAAACGCACUGGCGAGUUCAACGCUUGGGUCAACGAGCAGGCGGAGAAAUUCAAAUCGCCACUCUUUCAAGUCUUCGUCCGUCCCCUCGGCAAGCCGUUGUUGAUCCUCUCCGACUUCCGUGAAGCCCAAGACAUCUUGAUGCGACGAAAGGACUUUGAUCGGUCGUCCCUCGAUGCCGACCUCUUGGAGGGCGCGGGACGCAACCACCACAUCCACCUCAAGACUGGCGACGAGUGGAAGAGGCACCGCAGGCUCCUCCAGGACCUCAUGUCGCCGCAGUUCCUCAACGAAGUCGCAGCGCCGACGGUUUAUGCCGGGGUCUCGAGAUUGAUCCAGCUGUGGAAUGAUAAGGCGCGCAUUGCAGAGGGACGCCCGUUCUCUGCGGAGCUGGAUAUCUACUACGGUUCUCUGGACGCCGUCAUGACGUUUACAUUUGGCGGUAGCUUCCCCAGCAGCGCGUUGCGCCCGACAGCGGACCUCGUUAAGGGGCUUGGUGCGGAGGAUAUCAGGCGUUUACGGAGUUCAGGUCUCAGCAGCGACGAGGCGUUGGAAUUUCCAACGGAAGAGUGCGACGAGAAGAUUCAAGCGACGCUCGGUGUAGCGAACUCGAUUGAGUACCUUCAAGGCUCACCGAUUCCGAGACUCAAGUGGUGGUUCGUCGAGAGACUUCCCUCAUUACGUCGCGUCUUCCACGUCAAGAGAACAUAUGUGCGAGAAGAGAUCUAUAAGGCUCUGAAGAGGCUGCAGGAAGUCGGCGAUGAAGAGUCCAAGGUUCUGUCCGCUGUUGAGCUGGUAGUGCUCCGGGAAAAGAAGCUGGCAGAGAGUGAGGGAAGGGCUCCGGACUUUUUCUCCGAGAUCAUGGUUGAUGAAAUCUUUGGCGUAGUUGUCGCAGGACACGAUACAACCAGCACCACCAUGUGUUGGGGUAUAAAACUCCUCGCAGACAACCCCCAGAAGCAGACCGACUUGCGCGAAGCGCUCCGAGCCACCUUCCCCGAUGCCGUCGACGAGCAGCGCAGUCCGACCGUCAAGGAACUCGCAGGAAACACUACGAAAGUCCCGUAUCUUGAUGCCGCCGUGGAAGAGAUCCUCCGAUGCGGCGGGGCUACCCCGCUCGUCGACCGCGAAGCAACCUGCGACACCGAGCUGCUAGGACACCACAUCCCCAAGGGCACAGUAGUAAUGUGUCUGAACAAGGGCCACAGCAUGAUGAAACCGGCAUUCAACGUCGAAGAGUCAAAUCGCAGCCAGAGCAGCCAGAGUGCCAAAGCCCGGGCUUGGGAUGACGACGAUAUCGGGCAGUUCAAGCCAGAGCGUUGGCUCGUCGAGUCAUCCAGUGUCCCCGGCGGGCUCGAGUUUGACCAGCAGGCAGGACCCCAGCUCGCCUUUGGUCUGGGUACUCGUGGCUGCUUUGGAAGGAGGUUGGCGUACUUGGAAUUGAGGAUCAUUUUGGCGCAGAUUGUGUGGAACUUCCAGCUUCUUCCGUGCCCGAGAGAAUUGUCUGGCUAUAGUGCCAGGGAGGGCCUGACAUACAAGCCAAAGGAUUGUUACGUGCGCCUACUAGCACUUGGAAACAAAUAG